GAUUUGGGAACCUCCUCAUUGGGUGACAAUGGCAGCUUUAUACUGGUUGGUGUUUCUAGGUUCCCUCUGCAUUGGGACAGUGGAAGGCGCUGGCUAUCUAGGCAGGAUGCCCCAUCAUGGAGGCUCUUGUUAUUACGAAGAUAUCAAAAAUGCCCACUUCAGCUAUGACGAGGAAACUUGUAGAAGACCAGAUAAAUGGUGCUGCUUACACAAGUGUUGGGCAACAUGUGGAUCCACCAGACGCCAGUCACCUAUUAACCUCGACACGUCAGAGGCCAGAAGGACCAAUGCAAACUUAAAAUUAUAUAAUAUUGAUAAACGGGUACCCGCUACUAUACACAACACCGGACACGCACCCCAUUUUGAUGUUGCCGAGGACAACAAAGACAUAACUCUAAAGCUAAAGAACAUAAUUAUAAAUAAAAGAUGGUCUAAAGACACGUAUAUUUUCCACGAUAUACACAUACAUCUUGGCAAAAAGGAAAAUAAAGGAUCGGAACACUCAAUUGAUGGGAAAUUCUAUCCUAUGGAGGCUCAUAUGGUGUUCUACAACAGUAAAUAUGAGGACAUUUCGAAGGCCAAAUCAAAGGACGAUGGUUUGGCUGUCAUAGGAGUGAUGAUACAGGUAAAUAAGAAACAUGGUGAUGAUGAUGAUGAUGAUGAUGAUGAUGAUGAUGAUGAUGAUGAUGCAAAAAAAGGAAAUGAAAAUGAGUAUGAUGAUGAGGACGAAAAAGAUGACGAGCAUGAAGAAUAUGAAGAAGGUGAAGACAACGAAAGAUCAAAAAGGGAGAUAAGGGCAAAAUCCUGUUGUCGUAGCAACUAUUGGAACUAUGAAUACAGAGAGCAUGACGAGGAAUCUUUCAGCAAAAAGUGCUACGAGGGAAAAGGAAAAUGCAAAGUAAGGUUCGCUAGAACACUGAGCUGUUUAAUGGAAAAAUACUAUGAGGAGAUCAAAGAAUACCACAAGCAGGAUAACACACCAAAUGGGUAUCACGGACCUCGUUGCGAUAACUGCGGGAAAAAACCUUCUGAUAACUUCAUCACAAACGUCUGUGAAAAAAAUCCUGUAAAACACAAUAACACGAUCAGAGUAUGUGGUAUAUCCCCGGCGGAUGUCCUUCCUUUUGAUCAAAGGUUCUACACCUACCCAGGAUCUCUGACCACGCCCCCUUGUUAUGAAAGCGUCCAGUGGAUAGUGUACAAAUGUCCAAUCAAAGUGUCCCGCAAGGCGUUCAAAGCAUUGCAGCGUGUUGAAGACACUGAGAAUAAUCCACUUAAAGAACACGGAGUUAGAAGACCACUACAGUUCAAUAGAUAUAAGGUUUCUGUUUCGAAGAACUUCUGAGUGAAGUUGGAUGGAUGUACCGAAUUUUAGAAUAUAACCUGCUACAGCGUCUUCGGUACACUCGAAGAAAAAGUUCAUGCUGAAUAUUUAUACAAUUAUUAUAAUUGAUAUUACUGAGAUCUGAAUUGUGGCUACUUUUCGUACAAUACAUUAUUACAAAA